CUUUCAUUUCCCUUUUCUUAUGUGCUAGUACUACAAAAAGCCAAUAUAUCGUCUUCAAAACCACAAGUGGUAGAAACUUAAACAAGUGCAAAGCUUUCAUCGGACAAACACACCCAAAAAAUGGCUAAGGAAGGUCUCGGGUUCGAAAUCACGGAGCUGCGGUUGGGUCUCCCCGGAGGUAAUGGGAUCGAAAAAAAUGAGAAGAAAAGGGUGUUCUCGGAGAUUACAGAGGAGGAUGAAAAUGGGAAGAACAAUGGCAAGAGUCAAGUCGUGGGGUGGCCGCCGAUAUGCUCGUAUCGGAAAAAGAACAGCUUCGGUGAUAAAGACGGGUCUAAAACAUCAAAGUUUUACGUUAAAGUUAGCAUGGAUGGUGCUCCUUUCCUUCGCAAAAUCGAUCUAGCAUUGCACAAAGGCUACUCUGAUCUUGCCACGGAAUUGGAGAAGCUCUUCGGAGAGGCGUUAAGGGAUGCAGACAGCUGUGAAUUCGUGCCCAUAUAUGAAGACAAAGAUGGAGACUGGAUGUUAGCAGGAGAUGUUCCCUGGGAGAUGUUUAUUGAAUCGUGCAAGAGAUUGAGGAUGAUGAAAAGGGCUGAUGUGAAGGGAUUCGGAGUGCUGCAACCAAGGGAAACUCUCAAAGGAGUGAGUCCAUGCAGGAAUUAAUGGCCCUAGUUGAAGAAUUACUUGACCAGAGUCUCUUUUAUGCUAUAAUUUGUUAAAAUUAAU